AUGACUAAUUUUGGUCGAAUGGGGCUAAGACCUGAAUUUGUAGAAGGUGUCAUUGGUUUUGUGGAGUAUGCAAAGACAUUAGAUCCUUUUCAACAGAGUGGUAUGAUUAAGUGUCCUUGUAAUAAAUGUCAAUAUUUGAAUUAUAAGAAACCAGAUGCUGUUGAGCUUCAUAUCUAUCGAAAUGGGUUUAAAAAAGAAUACACUGCGUGGACUAGUCAUGGAGAAAUUGAUAAUAACUUUGAUGUAUUCCAACAUUAUGUUCAUGGUGAAAGUAGUAGCAAUGUGAAUUCUAAUGCACAAAAUUAUAGAAUUGAUGACAUGGUUCAAGAUGCUUUUGGUUUGCAUUCUGAUUUUGAUUUUGCUAAUCAAGGUGAAGAAGCUCCUAAUGUUGAAUGUAAAAUUUUCUUUGAACAAUUGGAAUCUUCUAGUCGGUCUUUAUAUGAGGGGAGUCCACACUCACAGUUGUCUAUUGCGGUUAGAUUAUUAAAUAUCAAAUCAGAUUGGAGAGUUCCUCAAGGGGCAAUGGACUCUGUGACUGACCUUAUUCAUGAUUUAGUUGACCCAAAUCUAGAGAUACCUGAUAAUUUCUAUAAGGCAAAGAGGUUGGUAUCAAAGUUAGGAAUGUCAUCGAUGAGAAUUCAUUGUUGUGAAUAUUGUUGCAUGUUAUACUAUAAGGAUGAUAUUGAUCUAGAAUCCUGUAAGUUUUGUGGAAAAUGUCGUUAUAAACAGACAGCUAGUGGGAAGAAAGUUCCUAUUAAGGCAAUGCAUAACUUAACUCUUAUACCAAGGUUAAAGAGGUUGUAUGCGUCUAAUAGAUCUGCUCCUCAUAUGAGAUGGCACCAUGAACAUAGAAGACCACCUGGAGUUAUGUGUCAUCCAUCCGAUGGAGAGUCUUGGAAGCAUUUUGAUAGAACAUAUCCACUAUUUGAAGCUGAACUACGUAACAUUAGAUUGGGUUUAUGUUCAGAUGGAUUCACGCCGCAUUCUGUUUCUGCUGCACCAUAUUCUUGUUGGCCUGUAUUUGUAACACCAUAUAAUCUUCCACCCGAGAUGUGUAUGACCAGUCCAUAUAUAUUUCUCAAUUGUGUCAUUCCUGGCCCUCGGAAUCCAAAAGUAUUGAUUGAUGUAUACUUUCAACCUUUGAUUGAUGAGUUGAAACAAUUGUGGGUACAAGGGGUUGAAACGUUUGAUGUGUCUCUUAAGCAGAAUUUUAAUUUGCGGGCUGCCUUAAUGUGGACUAUUAAUGAUUUUCCAGCAUAUGGAAUGUUGUCAGGGUGGAUGACAGCGGGAAAGUUAGCUUGUCCUUAUUGUAUGGAAAAUACUAAAUCAUUCACUUUGAAACAUGAUCGUAAAAGUUCUUGGUUUGACUGUCAUCGACAGUUCUUGCCAAUGGAUCAUGAGUUUAGGAGAAUGAAAAAUGCAUUCAGAAAGAAUUCUGUUGAACAAGGUUAUCCUCCUCCAAUCUUAACUGGAGAACAAGUUUGGGAGAGGGUUCAAAACUUUUCAAGGGUCGCAAAAGAACAACCCUAUAAAUUUGAUGGAUAUGGUGUUGCACAUAACUAG